AACUGUAUACAGGUAUUUUAAAUUAUUUUAAUUAAGAACAUUACUGUUACAGUCAUAAUUGUACACGACUCAGUUUUACAAUGGUUGCCUACAUAGGGCUUCGCUUGGAGGUACUCCAUACUGUAUGACCUACAUAUUAUGUAAUACGGGAACCGUUGGGUAUAUUUCCGAUUAAAAUCAUUCAUUGGUUAUACAAUACUCGCUACCACGUGAAAGAAGUAUGAUCAUAUUCAGUAAAUGGCUGCACACAUUGCAAGGACGUAUCGAUUAAUAGCGUUGUAGUUUAAGCCGUGGAUUGCAUAUUUCAGCAUUAUGACGACUAUAGAACAAACAGUACGAGAUACAGAAUUUCAAAACUGGCUAAAAGGUGGUGUUGCUAUGCUUAUUACCAAACAAGGAUUAGAAAAGUUUGUGGAAGAGGAAUUAAUAACGUUUCAGACAGACAUAUUACAAUCAAUAUACUCAAAACAUUCGAUAGCUGCAGGUACCGUGUGCACGUCGUGUACAACAGAAAAUGUUUUGCAUUGCCCAACGAAAAACUUCUGUGUUAAAAAACACCGAUGUAAUGUCCACGAUUCAAGCUUUCAGGAGAAGGUACCUGGAAGAUCUUGUCCGAAAAAUAUAUGUCAUCAUAUACCAAACGCAAUCCGCCGUGAACACAGGUAUAGCGGGCCGUCGUGGAAGAACACCAACGCUAAAGGUUGGUGCACCCACCCCGUCGAAAUAGCGAAAUGCUACCUGCCACCGGAAGGAUAUGCAACUGUGGAGUCUUUGUCACAUGCAGACUUCAAUGCCACACUGUCUGUUGUCAUCAACAAAAAAAGUUUCGAAAAAAAGAUACAAAAUAGUGUAUGCUCAGAGGCACGUGAAAUAGGCAAUAAAAUACGACAUUCAAGUAAUCUGCGGUUAUCGAAUACGGAUGUUGGAAGAUAUAUUACCGUUUUCAUGGAUCUUCUGUCAGAUGCUAAACAUUUGGCUGCUGAUAAAAAUGCAAAGGAGGCCGUCACUAAACUAAAACAGCUGAAAGCAAAUACGCUUACAGUCACAACGACAGAUAUCACAGCUAUUCUGGAUGAUUCUACGAAGGCUAUAAAUACAGAACAGCAUGAUGAAAAUAAAGCUGAGACAGAAAUAAAGGAAAAACUCUCUGCUGAUAUUAAAACUAAACUAGCCAACAUGCAGACAGUAUCAUUUUCAGACUUGGGUGCAAUCCUUGCAGCAAAAACGACGGCUAUUGAACAAAUCAGGAAGGAAACGGAGCAUGCAAUUAAGACGAUAGAACAGGAAAGAGAAAAUCAACAAAGUGCGAAAAAAUCUGAUGCAGGAUUUGGAAUUCUGCACUGGUGUAACGAAAAACGUCUUUGGAAACGUCUAUGUGAGGAUCUAAUAACAUAUUACAGACGUUGCCAUAGCACAAUCCCCGUCUCUCCUCUGAUAAAAGAGCAUGAUGCACCACUUGUCGAUUUUUACGUUCAACCAACACUUGAAUCUGUAGAAAUCAGUGGUUCUAAUUAUGGUGCUGCAAAACGCCAGUUUCGUUCCUACAAUGAUCUGUUUCUAUGUGACAAGGAGCCAUAUAAAGAGAUUUAUGUCACAGCGAAAGCAGGUAUCGGGAAAACAUCAUUUUCAAAGAAAGUAUGCAUGACUUGGAGUCAGGCCCAUUCUGCUGUUAAACAGCUAGAGAAACUGUUUCAUACCGAAGAUACAAGUACAUUGAAGAAAUUCGACUUCUUGUUCAUGAUUUCACUGAAGGAAGCAGAAAAAGAAAAAUGUACCAUCGAUGAUAUGAUAUCUUUGCUCGUUAAACCUUGGUCAAAUGACUAUACAAAAGCUUUUAUAGAGAAAACACUGCGUGAAAAAAGAGUUUUGAUAAUUUUAGAUGGAUUAGAUGAAUGGGCGCAUCCCGAAAACUGCACACGAAACGAAGUGAUUCCGCACAGACGGCCUUAUUCUCAAUGCACUGUCAUGACGACUACGCGUCCAUGGAAACUUGCUUCAGCUAGACUUAGUAACAAUCAGAUAGAUAUGCAAGCUGAGCUGCUUCAGUUUGACGAGGCCAGUUCAAAUGAUUUAGUAGUUUCCGCUGUGAGGCUAUUGAACAGAACCUUUGGGAAGUCAAAGUCUGCUGUGGAAUUUCAAAAUGUAGUAUCAUCGGUUAGGCUAGGGGCAUUAAAACGUAUACCGUAUAUCCUCCUGCAAAUUUUAUGUUUAUGGUUUGAUGGCCUAACAAUUGGAAAGUCACAGUGUGAAAUUUACAGCAAUACGCUUGAACUUACUCUUUCGCGCAAAGACCAUGAUACAACUCACGAAAUCACCGAGUCAAUUCAAAACGGUGCCCCACCUGCAUGUAUGUCUAAAAAUAUCAAGUCUUUGUCUCACUACAAUAUGUUAUUAAAACUUGGAAGACUGGCAUUUGAAACACUUACCAGCUAUAGAAAUGAAUCAACGCUUAUAUUUGAUGAUGACAUUGUUUACGAAUAUUUGUCAGAUGACGACUUGAAUAUAUUUUUGAAUGUAGGAUUGCUGUCGCAAAAUAAAGAUUAUGAACAUGUUACCACCAGACGAAGUAAAUUUUCAUUCCAACAUAAAUCUAUACAAGAAUAUUUCGCUGCCCUCUAUAUUCAGUCAGAUCAAGACAACACGGAGAUAUCAAGUCGACUUCUCCGAAGAUAUAAUGCAUUAGAGUCUAUCCUGGAAAUGACGAAUAUUUUAAUAUUUCUGGGUGGAUUUAGCCCAGAUGCUUGUGAAAAAGUAUUUCAGAAACUGAAGCCCAUACUCUUGUCAGACAAGACAGUGUGUCGUUAUAGAAGCUACUUAUCUGGACAAACAUCCCUCCCAGAAGCUCGAAAAUGUUGGGAAUUGAUAAAAUCCUUUCAGUUUCUCGAGACAGACAUUUUGCAAGAAAUUACGAGAAACGGACACACAAAAUUUCCAGAACUUCCCUUGUACGAUAUCGUGUUAGACAGUACACUCAAUAAUGAAAUGUUCACUGCACUCAAGCUGAUCGUUGAGAAAAAUAAAGAAAGCAUUAGGUCACUGAGCAUAGAGAAAUACGGAUCAACGGUGGAGUUAACAGAGGUACUAGAGAAGCUCGAACUUCAAAAUGCACAUUCUCUGCUUAAGCUUGAGAUUGCUGCUGUUCCAACAGAAAAUGAUUUCCGUCGUCUGCUUGCCAAUUCUGUGGACACGUUAAUUUGUUUGGACAUAUGUUUCGCAAUUUUUAAGAACAACAAAUAUCGUGCUCAAAACACAAGACUUUCAUCCGAAACUAUUGCAGUAGUUUUUCGUAUGAACCAUUUGCAAUCGGCGCGUCUAAAUGGCAUUCGUUUACCACAUACCGACAUUCAAGCUUUACUUCAAUUUUUCAGUGACAGAACAUCAAUGAAAGAGAUAGGGUUGUGUCGCAUUAGGUGUGUGGAUCAUGUCGAAGAAUGUAGCGUUUUAGACCUUUCUCAGCACAAACAUCUUGAGACGCUCAGGAUUGGAACUUUUCCUGUUUCUGUCCUGAACAUCAACCCGUCCUCUUUAAACUUCUGUUACACUGGAAGUCUUACGACAACUGUUCAUACCGCAUUGGUCAAACGACUGCCCGAUGCAGUAAAUCUUAGUACGCUUAGAUUAAAAAAUUUAGAAACUGAGCAAUUCCCACUCUACAGAUCAGAAACACUGACACAGUUACCUCAUUUGAGGAGUUUUGCCAUUGAGUAUACUGAUAUCGGUGAAAGAGAUCUCACUUUGCCGCCUGAAAUGAAAAAUAUAGAACGGGUUUACUUCUACGAGGUAACAAUGACAUCUUUGGCUCUUGAAGGAUUUAUACGGAGUGUUGAUGCGCUGCCCCAACCUGUCCUAGUUAUCAUAGAAGGGUGCAGUAUAACACCAGAGAGCAAGUUUCGCAAAAUCAAAGACAUGGUCAGAUCAACAAGAAAGUAUCGGUUUAGGUUUGACACCAAAAAGAGGUUCACAUUUGAAACACGUAAAACAGAAGACAUUUCAGUUGACAUCCAGGGCAAGAAAAGUUCAAUAACUAUGAUUACCGGAGUAAUUUUAGGUACUAUUGUCGGAUUGUUAGCCGUAGUUUUUAUGUUUUAUCUUAAUUUUUGUUAUUAAAACUUGCAAGGGAAUGAAAACGGUAAUGGAACCGACAAAAGCUGAAAUGUGUGUCAUUUUAAAUUCAUAACAUUAACAUUAAUUGCAUACACCUGUGAACCCCAUUCUUAUCCAUCAGAGGUUCGACGAAAUUACGAGACGAAUAUUCAACUAGGGAACCAUGGUAGGCCUCUGGUAUGCGAGAUUGUUUUACACCGGCGGCCUCCAUGGGUGAUUGACAAGCUAGCAGUAGUUCUCGGAGCUCAUUUGUCGAUACGCCGAUUUCCAAGGGCGGUUUAGGUCACUCAGAGGGAAACCGGAAGUUUCACUGAAUAUUCGCCGGCAUGAACAUUCUGACCAAUGACGUUACAGCUAUGAUGUUUAUAUGGUUACGCAGCAUCUGCAUCGAUAUUACAUUUAACUUAAAUGUGCGUCGAUGUAUUAUUGAAGAUUCUAUACAUUAGUAUUGUAAACGUAAAGGAGGAAAUACUCUAUACUAGCACAGGAACCUGAUCCUAUUAAUAAUUUAACCAACACAAGUCUAUUUAAAAAAGACAUCCCUUUCUGUAUAAAAUUACCAGGAAUGCAACGCGUCCACAACCAAACUAUUACAUGAAAACAAGAAAAUUUCAAAAAGCCAGAAGCGCGAGUGUGAUUCGGCGGUGUUGCUAUCUAAAGGCAACAAAAAUAUACCAAAAACUAUGCUUAUUUGUCGCUGUCGUUAAUUGACUAACACAAAAUCAAUAGUUUUAACAACAUUUCAUUUGUCGCCGAAGCCAUUGCGUGACGUCACAUGUUUUUCCUCGGAGAUAAUAAACUUUUUUAAAAGUCAGAUAAAAAGCAUCUAUAUCAUUUUUUUAUUAAUAUUUCUUUUAAAUAAUAUCACAGCUAUGAAUUUAUUUACCAAUUAAAUAAAAAAAAUAUUUAGACAAAUCAUGUUGGAAAACCCCAGAUAUUGGAACAAACUCGUGCAUUCCCAAAAGCAGGGAAGUAACUCGACCACUGACGCAAGCAGUGAGUAACUGAUGUUUCAAGUUAUUUUAUAAUGGCCAGUCAGCUAUGUCUAGAGUUACGGUAUGAGUUUUGUGAUAUUAUAUAAAUAUUGCAUUCCUGAGAGGGUGAUAUGAAAAAUGUUCACCGCGAGAUAUAUGAAUAUCGACCGAGGCGCCAGCCGAGGUCUAUAUUCAUAUUUCGAGGGGUGAACAUUUUUCAUAUCACCCUCUCAGGAAUGCAAUAUUUAUUUUAUUAUACCGAAAGAUCAACAUAAUUAUUUAUUUAACAUUAAAAAGUAAUUACUAACCAAAUAAUGAAGACAGAAUGAAAUCUAGUCUUUAUUUGUUAGCACUCAUAAUUUGUGGCGACUUAGCUGUGUAAUAAGACUUUUUGAUAGAUUUAGUCGAGACGUUUAGAUAUCGCUGACCCCUAUACUUAUUCUAAUAUUUUAACGUUGCGUCAAUCAUUAGCAUUCGAAAAACGGCGAUAACUUUCUUUUUUUCUAAACGAAACAUAUAAGUGUGAGCACUCAUUUUCUUAGUUAGAUCAUUUCCAAUCUCAUGGUGGUAAUUUGGAUUAAAUAUUUAAUGAAAAGUUGUUUUCGAAAUAUUUUGCACGUAGCAUUCGGCCGGGUUCGCACAUGCAAGAGCACCAGAAAAGCGUAAUUUAAUCCUAAAAUAUAAUUAUAUAAGCGCCUCGUCUGAAAAUUAUCGACUCAGUUUUUUAAUCAAUGCGAAAGUAUCAAUCUCUAAACGGGUAAUAUGAAAAAAUAUCACAUGCGCAGAAAAGCAAAAUAACGCUGUUGCGCAUGUGAUAUGCAAUUAUGGAUCAUAUCACCUGCGCAGAAAUUGAAAAUAACGAUUUUGCGCAUAAGUUAUAAAAUUACUGGGGAAUAUGAUAUAUUAUUCAAGUUAAACUAAUGGAAAAUUUGCAUUGGAAAUUUAUAUGAGGUAUAAUAAUAAAUGUUAUUUGUGUUGUAAAUGACAAUCCUGCUAUGACAAAAUGCAUGAUUACGCGUUCAUGAUAUUGUACUUUAUAUCGUAUGUGUUCCUUACCGUAUUACCGGAUACAGGCAUUUACACAAGAAAUUUAUUAACUCCACGGCAGAAAUAUACAUUAACCUAUGACGUCACACAAUUGCAUCGACGACAAACGAAAUAGUUUUAAAACUAUUGAUUUUAUGUUAGUCAAUACGGUGACAGCGACAAGUAAGCACAGGUCCGGAUAUAUUUUUGUUGCCUUUAGAUAAUGAAACCACCCUUUCACACUCGCACCUCUAUUUUUGUUAAAAAUCUUUUUGUUUUCAUGUAGUGGAAGGGGUGUGAAUGCUUUGAAUUUCUGGUGUUUUUUAUAUAGAGUGGGUAUUUUAUAUAGACUUGUUCUGGCUUAAUUAUUGAUAGAAUUUCAGAUCCCUGUGAUAUUGGUUUACAGUCAUAUUACAUUUGAUUUAUCUAUCAAUAAAGACACGGAAAGGGUCGUCGGACAUUAAAAAAAAAAAAAAAAUUGUACGAUAUGCGUAACGUCGGAAAUAAAAUUGCAGCUUAACCGAAACACUUUCAUUUAAUAAAGUCUUUUGAUCAAUGGAUCAAUGAAGUAAUCCUCAGUUAUAGAAAAAAAAGCAUAUAAUAACUUAGAUAUAUAUGUUAGAAGAUCCGUUGGAAUAAUCAAAUGUAAUCAAGUAAAAUAAAAUCAGAAUAAAUUUGGUUGAGUUUGUUCAUAUCUG